UAUUCAUUCAUCAUCGAAAUAGAAUCUCUAAUUUUCUAAUCUAAACUACAAAAAUGACUAUCACUGUUGGUAUUAAUGGCUUUGGCCGUAUCGGACGUCUCGUUUUGAGAGCUGCCUUGUCUAGAUCUGACAUCAAGAUUGUUGCAAUCAACGACCCUUUCAUUGGACCAGACUACGCUGCGUACAUGUUUAAGUACGACUCUACCCAUGGUAGAUACAAGGGUGACGUUCACUCUGAAGAUGAUACUUUGAUCAUUGAUGGAGUGGCCAUCAAGGUUUUAGGCGAAAAGGACCCAUCUGCCAUCCCAUGGGGAAAGCUUGGUGUUGACUAUGUAAUUGAGUCUACUGGUGCCUUCACCUCAUUGGAAGGUUCCCAAAAGCACCUCGUAGGUGGUGCCAAAAAGGUUAUCAUUACAGGUCCAUCUUCUGAUGUUCCUAUGUUUGUUGUUGGUGUCAACCAUGAAACUUACACUCCAGAUCUCAAGAUUAUCUCCAAUGCUUCUUGUACUACCAACUGUUUGGCCCCAUUGGCCAAGAUUAUCAAUGACAAGUUUGGUAUUGAGGAAGGUUUGAUGACUGCCGUGCACUCCUUCACUGCCUCUCAGAGAACUGUUGAUGGACCCUCCCAUAAGAACUGGAGAGGUGGUAGAACUGCUUCUGGUAACAUUAUUCCUUUCUCAACUGGUGCCGCCAAGGCUGUUGGUAAGGUUAUUCCAGAAUUGAACGGCAAGGUUACUGGUAUGUCCUUUAGAGUUCCAACUGCCGACGUUUCUGUUGUUGAUUUGACGGUUAGAUUGAAGACUGGGGCUACAUAUGCUGAAAUCGCCGCAGCUGUCAAGGAAGCUGCUGAUGGUCCAUUGAAGGGGAUCGUUGGGUACACUUCCGAUGCUGUUGUCUCCACUGAUUUCUUGCUGGACACCCAUUCUUCAAUCUUUGACGAAAAGGCAGGUAUCUUAUUGUCCCCAAACUUCGUUAAAUUGAUUUCUUGGUACGAUAACGAAUUUGGUUACUCCAAUAGAGUUGUCGACUUGUUGGAACAUGUUGUUGCUGUUUCUAAAUAAUUUUACUACAAAAAAAUAGUUCUAUAGAGUAAGGUCUAGAUGAGUUUACAUAACCGAAUAGAAUAAAUAUAUGGAAAACCUAUACUAAAAAAAAUGGUUUUUUGUAGUAUUACUAUUUUUUUUUUGGUUAUAUUACC